GUCUUUCCUUCCCGCUUCUUUAAUUUUUUUUUAUUUCCUUUUUACUCUUUCCCACCUCUUUUUCCACAUACAACUCUCUAUAUAUAAGAGAGAGAGUGAGUGGGCUCGCGACGAAUGACCAGCUACAUUAAAUUCACACCCAUCUCUGGAGCCAAGAGUGAAGACGCGUUAUGUUAUUUGCUCGAGAUUGACGAAGUCAAGAUCCUGUUAGACUGUGGCUGGUCAGACAAGUUUGACGUGGAAGAUCUAGUUACUUUGAAAAAGGUCGCAAAACAGAUUGAUGCCGUGUUAAUAUCCCAUUGUGACCUGAGCCAUCUUGGCGCAUACCCAUAUGCAAAAAGUCAACUAGGAUUAAAAUGUCCUGUGUAUUCUACAGUACCUGUGGUCAAUAUGGGUAAAAUGUGCAUGUACGACUUACACCAAUCGAAAACGAACGAAGUGGAAUUCGAUACAUUUACGUUGGAACAUGUGGACGAAGCGUUUGAUAAGAUUACCUCUCUGCGUUAUUCACAACCUUAUGCCUUGCCUGGCAAGUGUCAAGGUAUCACGAUUACGGCAUAUGCAGCAGCACAUACAAUUGGUGGUACAAUUUGGAAGAUCAAGCAAGAUACGGAUGAAAUUGUCUAUGCAGUGGACUUUAAUCAUCGAAAAGAGAGUCAUCUUGACGGAACAGUAUUACACUCCAAUGGCAACGUAUUAGACGCAUUAACACGACCGUCAUUACUGAUCACAGACGCGCUCAAUGCGGCAGUCGUCCAUCCACCACGAAAAGAUCGCUAUGCAGCCAUGUUUGAUACCAUGAUGACCACACUUCGCAGCGGUGGCUCCGUGCUACUCCCUACCGAUUCUUCAGCACGCGUCCUGGAACUGUCUUAUUUGCUCGACAAACACUGGACACAAAACCAACUCACCUAUCCAUUGAUCAUGCUCACCAACACCAGUUACCACACCGCCCAUUUCGCCAAGAUCAUGUUGGAAUGGAUGGGCGACGACUUGACACAACACUUUUCACAAACGCGCGAGAACCCCUUUGAUUUCAAAUACCUUCGUCUGUGUCACAAAUUGGAAGAUCUCGACGUUUAUUCUGGACCCAAGGUUGUCAUUGCGAGCAAUAAUAGUUUGGAAACCGGGUUUGCUCGCGAUUUGUUUUUACGAUGGAUGGGGGAAGAGCCACGGCCAGUGACGCAUAAUACCCUAAUAUUAACCGAUCGAUCCGCGCCGGGUUCGCUUGCUCGUCAUUUACACGACAUAUGGGACGAACGCACCACAGCUGAGGCUGCUGCUGCAGCUACAGCAGACGAUAACACCACCACCACCAUCACGACCCACAAAACUAAUGCCCGCGUCAUUAAACCAUCCAUCGACUAUAACGAAACGAUGCACAUGACGGUCUAUAAGCGGGUACCACUUGAAGGCGAAGAAUUGGCCGAAUACGAAGAACGACAACGGGAAAAAGCCGAGCGUGAUGCCGCACAAGCCGCCAUCAUUGCACGUAGUAAAUCCAUCAUGGAAGAAGACGAACUAUUAUCCGACGAAUCCGAUAUAGAUGAAGCCGACGACACAAUGGAGGAUCUUUUGGGCGACCAAUUUGAUUUGUAUGUCAAGGACGCUGGGCGAUCGGGUGGAUUUUUCAAGCAAGCACAAAGUUAUCGCAUGUUUCCUUAUUUGGAACGACGUAAACGGAUAGACGACUAUGGCGAAGCGAUCCAAGUCGAACAUUUCAUGAAGGCUUCUGAUUUGGAUCGAUUACAGUUGGAAAAGGAGGAAGGAGAAGGUGGUGCCAAUUUUGGCAACAAAGAGGAUGAUAUGGUGAUUGAUGCUGUAGAGCCGCUUUUGCCUGGUAAAGAUGAAAAGCCAAUGAAGUAUAUCACGACCGAACAAGACGUUACGAUCCAGUGUCGAUUACGCUAUGUGGAUUUGGAAGGAUUGUCAGAUGGGCGUUCCAUGAAAACAAUUCUGCCACAGAUUGCUCCUCGUAAAUUGAUUAUUGUUCAUGGUUCCACACGGCCGACCGAAGAACUGGCUCAAGCAUGUCGCAACAUGGAUCAUUUUACCAAAGAAAUCUUUACGCCCGAUAUUAGCCAAGUCUUGAAUGUCAGUGCAGCAACCAAUAUAUACAGAGUUAGGCUGACGGAUGCCAUGGUCAGCUCAUUACAAUUUUCCAAACUUGACGACUAUGAACUUGCACGGGUAUCCGGACGGAUCCAUUACCCUACCGAUUCAACCACACCCUCCCUGGAUGUAGACACGUCUGAACAACCAUCGCGGAAAUCACCUUCCGUGUUUGUCGGUGACAUACGCCUAAGUGAGUUCAAGCGUGUUUUGCAAGCGGAAGGCAUUUCUGCGGAAUUUAAAGGCGAAGGUGUGCUCGUCUGUAAUGAUUGUGUGGCUGUUCGCAAGACUGGUACAGGACAACUGUUAGUGGAAGGCAUAUUAUCCCCCGACUAUUACAAGAUUCGAUCUCUUUUGUAUGCACAGCAUGCGAUCCUGUAAAAAAAAAACUAUAUAACAACUGUAGAUAUUUGUGUGACCUUUCAAAAAAACAAAACAUUUUGCAUUUUGACAGCUUGAACAUGCAAGCUUGUUAACGGGCUGGUCCAAUUGAAUAAUGCAAAGAGGAUCUCCAGAGAGUGGAGAAUGAAUAAGGGUGCACGUGAUUAUUUGAAUGGAUGAUACUCGAUUAAUAAAGGAUAGGUGCUCGAGCAAAGUACGUAAAGCAGCACGGCGGAUGGUAACAUUAUAUUUCAG